ACAUCUGCUGGAACCACCCGUACCAGAUGCAUGUGCUUUUCAAGGUGGCCACAUCAUCUUCUCCUCCUUGUCCAGAUUGAAAAGAUGACUCUUUUCCAUUUCGUGAAUUGUAUUGGAGCUGCCUACGCUCCCUACUUCAUCACCUAUCGAUUUUGUGGACUAUCCGAGUACAGCUCUUUCUGGAAGUGUGUGCGAGCUGGCACAGCUUACAUUGUCACUCAGCUUGUGAAGAUGCUGAUACUUGCUACCCUCUUCCCAUUGAAUGCUGCUGAAGAACAUGGCAACCCUGUUUUAGGAGAAGCUCUCAAGUCGACAGUGGAUCUGUUGGACAUGCUUGGAAUGUACUUGGUGAUCACCAGACUACUGGGAAGGUCAGAGCAGAAGGUUCUAGUGACAGCUGUGGGCUGGGGCACUGCUGAGAUGGUGAUGACCAAGGUGUUGCCACUGUGGGUGGGAGCAAGAGGGGUGGAGUUUGAAUGGACAAACUUGCAGAGUGCACUUGAUUCCAACCUCAAUCUGCUAUUCCUGAUUGUUGUCAACAUGUUGCUGUGGCUAUGGAACAGAAAGGACCUCAACAAAAGUCUCCUCCCACUUUUGGCAACAUUCCUCCUGGUCAUCUACUAUCGACCCGUGCUGCUGGAGAUUGUUCAGCUCUACUAUGGGAUGGAUCCAUGGGGCCUUAUUAUAGCUAAGCUGUUGUUCGUCACUGUCACUGGUGUUGUCACUCUUAGGAUGUAUGGCUCCAUGUCCAAUCUCAGUCAUUAAGUCCAAUUUCCGUUUCAUUGUAGCUUCAAUUUACAUUUAUAGUAUUGUUAUUAUUAUAAUGAUGUGUCCCACCUGUACAAUUUGGUUCAAUAGUGUUAUUGUAGUGUGUCUCCAGACUUGUGUGUUAUUGGUCAACUUUGAA